CUGCUGCCACUGUCGCUGCUGCUUCUGCGCGCGCAGCUCGCCGUCGGGAGCCUGGCCGGUGGGAGCCCCGGAGCGGCCGAGGCUCCUGGGUCGGCCCAGGUGGCUGGACUAUGUGGGCGCCUAACCCUUCACCGGGACCUGCGCACAGGUCGCUGGGAACCAGACCCACAGCGCUCCAGACGCUGUCUCCGGGACCCGCAGCGCGUGCUGGAGUACUGCAGACAGAUGUAUCCAGAACUUCACAUCGCUCGUGUGGAGCAGGCUGCACAGGCCAUUCCCAUGGAGCGCUGGUGUGGGGGUACCCGAGGUGGCCGCUGUGCCCACCCCCACCAUCAGGUUGUGCCCUUCUACUGCCUGCCUGGUGAAUUUGUGAGUGAGGCCCUGCUAGUGCCUGAAGGCUGCAGGUUCCUACACCAGGAGCGUAUGGACCAGUGUGAGAGUUCAACUAAGAGGCAUCAGGAGGCACAAGAGGCCUGCACCUCCCAGGGCCUCAUUCUGCAUGGCUCAGGCAUGCUUUUGCCCUGUGGCUCCGAUCAGUUCCGGGGUGUGGAGUAUGUGUGCUGCCCCCCUCCAGCAACCCCAAACCCAUCAGGGACAGCAGUUGGUGACCCCUCCACCCGGUCCUGGCCCCCCAGGGGUAGAGCAGAGGGAGGUGAGGAUGAGGAAGAGGCGGAAUCCUUCCUACAGCCAAUAGAUGAUUAUUUCGUGGAGCCUCCCCAGGCUGAAGAAGAAGAGGAAGAGGAGGAAGAGGAAAGGGCCUCGCCCACAAGCUCCCACAUCCCUGUAGUGGUCAGCAAAGUCACUCCCACCCCAAGGCCCACCGAUGGUGUGGAUGUUUACUUCGGCAUGCCUGGGGAAAUCAGUGAGCACGAGGGGUUCCUGAGGGCCAAGAUGGACCUGGAGGAGCGUAGGAUGCGCCAGAUUAAUGAGGUGAUGCGUGAGUGGGCUAUGGCAGACAACCAGUCUAAGAACUUGCCGAAAGCUGACAGGCAGGCCCUGAAUGAGCACUUCCAGUCCAUUCUUCAGACCCUGGAGGAGCAAGUGUCUGGUGAGCGACAGCGCCUGGUGGAAACUCAUGCCACCAGAGUCAUCGCCCUGAUCAAUGACCAGCGCCGAGCUGCCCUGGAAGGUUUCCUGGCAGCAUUGCAGGGCGAUCCACCUCAGGCAGAGCGAGUUCUGAUGGCCCUGCGACGGUACCUGCGUGCAGAGCAGAAGGAGCAGAGGCACACUCUGAGGCACUACCAGCACGUGGCCGCUGUGGACCCUGAGAAGGCCCAGCAGAUGCGCUUCCAGGUACAGACCCACCUUCAGGUGAUUGAAGAAAGGAUGAAUCAGAGCCUGGGGCUGCUUGACCAGAACCCCCACUUGGCUCAGGAGCUGCGGCCCCAGAUCCAGGAGCUCCUCCACUCUGAACACCUGGGUCCCGAUGAAUUGGAGGCCUCCGUGCCCGGGAGCAGCAGCGAGGACAAGGGUGGGCUUCAGCCUCCAGACUCCAAGGAUGACACCCCAGUGACCCUUCCAAAAGGGUCCACAGAUCAAGAUGCUUCAUCCUCUGGAAAAGAGAAGCUGUCCCCACUGGAGCAGUAUGAACAAAAGGUGAAUGCAUCUGUUCCAAGGGGUUUUCCCUUCCACUCAUCGGAGAUCCAGCGGGAUGAGCUGGCACCAGCUGGGACUGGUGUGUCCCGAGAGGCUGUGUCCGGUCUGCUGAUCAUGGGAGCUGGAGGGGGCUCCCUCAUUGUCCUGUCCCUGCUGCUUCUCCGAAAGAAGAAGCCCUAUGGGGCUAUCAGCCAUGGAGUGGUAGAGGUAGACCCAAUGCUGACCUUGGAGGAGCAGCAGCUCCGGGAACUUCAGCGGCAUGGCUAUGAGAACCCCACUUACCGCUUCCUGGAGGAACGACCCUGAACCUGCCCCAUGCUGCCUACAGCUGAGCCCAGCUGAGAGGCUCCCUCUCCCUAGAGCCUUGAACCCCAAAUCCCAGUCUCUGGUGCGGGGAGGAGGUCUUAACAAAUUCAUUCUUCUUUCUCCCUCCCAAUUCCCAGUUCCAUCCCCUUAGAAAAUCCCCACGUAUUUUCAGCUGCUGCCUCACUAGGGACCUCCUCACCUUAAUUUAUUUUAUAAGUUAAUUUAUUGCUCCUUAAGGUGACCAGCACCUGGGUCCCAGUGUCUGUCGCUCCCCGGAAUUCACUGUUCCACGUUUCCCCAUCUAACAUCCCAAUAAAGUCCUCUUCUCCACCAAGCCA